AUGCAGGUAUUUGAAUUUUAUGUGUUAUUUUCUUUAAUAUAAUUUAUACAUUUUAAUUUUCUGUAUAUUUUGUAUGUAGUAUCUGUGUUUUUAUGAAUUUCAUUUAAUAUGAUUUAUGCAGCUUGCCCGCUUCGAAGGAAUCGGCUGUUUCAUGGGCCAGGGAGAAAGGACUCCUACGUACUACAAGAAAUUGUAGUACCCAUCGCCGGCCCAUGAAGCUUUACGCAGGCGGGGAACACGGUCUUGGCCGUUUCCGAUGCCCUGCUGGCCGCGGUAACUGCAAACAGUACGCGGCCACAGUCGAUUCCUUCUUUCAGGAUGUCCGUCUGCCCUUACAUAAGGCAAUAAAGCUUAUGUAUUGCUUCACUUCCGACUUCUCCUACGAGGUUACCGCAACGGAGGUAUCCGACGUAGGAGAAGAUGAGGAAGUGUUGUCAACGGACACGAUUGCAGCGUGGUUCCGCUACUGUCGGGAGAUGAUAGUGGACCACGUUUGCAAAAUGCAAGCGGGCAAGCCGAAAUUAGGCGGGAUCGAUGAAGGAGGUUCUGCAAUCGUUGUACAGAUGAUGGGUAGAAACAAUAUGGCGUCACUCUAACCUCUGAAAUGUCACUAAAUACGUACAUUUUUAAACACUUGUAUUUCUUAAACUAUUGGUUUCCUGGACAUUUAACUUGUAUUUUCUAAAAUUUCAGGUCAAAAAC